AUGGCGGACGAGCGACUGAGCAGAGUCGUCGCCAGACUCCAAAAUCUGCCCUCCAUCUCUCUCCCCACCGACUACCCACGACCCACCGGCGCCCACAAGCUCAUCGAGUCCGUCCAUGUUGCCCAGCUCUCCGAGCAGACAUCACUCAGCCUCCUCAAGCUCGUCCUUUACACAGAGAACGAAGAGUCGGACGAGGAUGAGGCAGAUAAGGUCAGAAGGCCAUCUGCAUUCCACCUCUUGCUCGCGGCGUUCACAGUGCUCCUGCAUCGCUACACGGGAGACACGGAUAUCGUAAUUGGAUCGUCGUCCGCGUCGGUCCGCGAGCCGCUUAUCCUGCGUCUGUCAGUCGACCCGACGGACCCAUUCUGGGCGAUCGUGCGGAGGGUACAGCAAGUGGAGAAGGAGGCAGAAGAAGAUGCCGUUCCGUACGACGUGAUCACGCGGGAGCUGCAGAGGGGCAAGGAAGAUGGACAUGAGGAGCCUCUGUUCCGUGUGCGCUUCUUCGAUGAGACGGAUGAGAACACCGACAGCUUCAUUAGGUCUACCAGCGUCACCUCUGACCUCACCGUGUUCGUCACAAGACCACCAGCAUCGACCCGCGCAUCUCUCGCUCCUCAUAUAUCGCUCCGUAUCCUCUACAACUCCCUCCUCUUCACGGCAUCGCGCAUCUCGACCAUUCUGGAGCAACUCUCAGUCCUUCUGCGCAAAGUUUCGACCAAUCCGCUCGCCUCGGUGGGCUCUGUACCACUCCUCACACCGAGCCAGAAGGCUAAACUUCCUGAGCCUACUGCAGACCUCGAUUGGUGCGGUUGGAAGGGCGCUAUCACCGAUGUUUUCUCCCGCAACGCUAGGGCGAACCCUGACCUCCCUUGCGUAGUGCAGAGCUUGCCCGCAGACUCGCUAACCUCGAAGCAAGAGCGAGUCAUAUUUUCCUAUAGUGCAAUCCUCCGUGCAUCCAACAUUCUUGCACAUCAUCUCAUCAAGAACGGCGUCCAACGGGAAGAUGUUGUCAUGGUGUAUGCUCAUCGUAGCGUUGACCUUGUCGUUGCUGUGAUGGCUGUCCUCAAAGCCGGCGCGACUUUCUCUGUCAUUGACCCCGCGUACCCCGCAUCCCGCCAGAUCAUCUACCUGCGCGUCGCCCAGCCGCGCGGGCUUGUCGUGCUCAAAGGUGCUGGCGUCAUUGGCCCCUCCGUACGCACCUUCCUCUCGGAAGAGCUCAAGAUCAAGGUCGAGGUGCCCGCGCUGGAGGUGUUCCCCGAUGGAAAUAUCUCUGGCGGGCUCGAUACCGCGGGUGAGGACGUCCUGAAGGCGCACGCUCACCUCGGUGAGAUGGACCCCAAUGUGGCGUUGGGUCCGGACAGUGUGGGCACGCUGUCGUUCACCAGUGGGAGCACAGGCAUACCGAAGGGCGUGCGUGGACGGCAUUUUAGCUUGACGCAUUUCUUCCCGUGGAUGGGCCGGAGGUUUGGGUUGGAUGAGAACUCGAGGUUCACGAUGUUGAGUGGGAUCGCGCAUGAUCCUAUUCAACGAGACAUGUUCACCCCUCUCUUCCUUGGAGCUCAGCUGCACGUCCCGACCGCAGACGACAUCGGCACACCAGGUCGUCUCGCAGAAUGGAUGGCCGACAGCGAAGUGACCGUGACCCACCUCACACCCGCCAUGGGUCAGCUCCUCUCUGCACAAGCCACACGACAAAUCCCCACACUCCGUAAUGCCUUCUUCGUCGGCGAUGUCCUCACCAAGCGCGACUGCCUCCGCCUCCAAGCACUCGCAGCCAACGUGCGCAUCAUCAACAUGUACGGAACAACCGAGACGCAGCGCGCCGUGUCCUACUUCGCCAUCCCCCCAGUAUCAGAGGACUCGACGUUCCUCGCGACGCAGAAGGACAUCAUGCCCGCGGGCGAAGGCAUGAUCGACGUGCAGCUGCUCGUCAUCAACCGGAACGACCGCAAUGUCCCGUGCGCGAUUGGUGAGGUUGGCGAGAUCUACGUUCGCUCUGGGGGUUUAGCGGAGGGCUACCUUGACGUGGACGCGAGCGCGGAGAAGUUCGUGAACAACUGGUUCGCAGCAACGCACCCGCCGCGCAAGGACACGAUCCUGCACCCCCCGCAUGGCGGCUUUGCUGGCUCAGAGAGCUUCUACUGGAAGGGCAUCCGCGACAGGAUGUACCGCUCUGGCGACCUAGGCCGCUACCUCCCCGACGGUAUCGUAGAGUGCACGGGGCGGGCGGACGACCAGGUCAAGAUUCGUGGAUUUAGGAUCGAACUUGGGGAGAUCGAUACCCAUUUGAGCCAGCACCCGCUCGUGAGGGAAAACGUGACGCUGGUGAGGAGGGACAAGGAUGAGGAGAAGAUUUUGGUCAGCUAUUUUGUGCCGCUGCAAGGGCCGGAGUUGGACCUGUAUGCGAGCGCGAUUGAGGAUGGCGAAGAAGAUGGCGGGAAGGGAGUCGUGAGGGGUAUUAGGAGGUAUAGAAAGUUGAUCAAAGAUAUAAGGGAGCAUUUAAAGAAGAAGCUGCCGAGCUACAGUGUGCCAACUUUGUUUGUACCACUACGCCGUAUGCCCCUCAACCCGAACGGCAAGAUCGACAAGCCUGCCCUCCCGUUCCCCGAUACCGCCCAACUAGCUGCCUAUGCUACCCCCACCUCCACCACUCGUGCCAACUCCACCGAGACUCAAAUGCAGUCUAUCUGGGAGACCAUCCUGCCCAACGCACCUAAGCCCGUCCCGACGGACGAGAGCUUCUUCGACCUCGGCGGACACUCGAUUCUCGCCACGCGCCUCGUCUUCGAAAUUCGUAAGGUCUUCGUCGUUGACGCUCCUUUAGGCCUGAUCUUCGAGAAACCUACCAUCUCGGGGCUCGUCAAAGCCGUCGAGGGGCUACGAAACGGGGAUCUGGGCAUGGCGUAUACGCCCAAGGGCACCGCGACGCCGGCGGUGCGCGUCCCUGGUGUGCCAGGUGUGAGGGGCAUCGGUGAGGCGGUGAAGAAGGCGCUUGUGUUGGAGUAUGGGCAGGAUUAUGAGAUGUUGAAGGAGUCGCUGCCGGCUUCGUACCCGGCACCGGCUGCGGACUUCAGGGAGAAGGAGGUGACGGUAUUCCUCACGGGCGCUACAGGCUUCCUUGGCGCGUUUGUCUUGGCGGACUUGUUAGCGAGGAAGGAGAGGGUGAAGAAGGUCGUGUGUUUGGUUAGGGCGAAGAGCGUCGACCAGGGUCUUGCGAGGUUGAAGGAGGGCUCGACUGACCGUGGGGUUUGGUCCGAUGAUUGGGUGAGCAGUGGGCGCUUGGAGGUCGUCGUUGGCGAUCUCGCCUUGGAAUCGUUUGGGUUGGACGCACAGACGUGGAGUAGAAUCGCUGAUGAGGCGGAUGUGGUGCUGCAUAACGGUGCUCUUGUCCACUGGGUCUUCCCAUACGACAAGCUUCGAGCACCUAACGUUCUGGCCACGCUCACAGCCAUCAACCUCGCCUCAACAGGCAAGGCCAAGUCGUUGGUCUUCGUCUCCUCAACGUCUGCGAUCGACACCGACCACUAUGUCAAACUCUCUGAGUCUUUAGCUCGCGAUGCCUCGGGUGCUCGUGGCGUGCUAGAGAGUGACGACCUCGAAGGUGCCAGGGCGUCAUUGAAGACGGGCUAUGGCCAAACGAAGUGGGUGUCGGAGAAGCUCUUGUUUGAGGCUGGCAAACGCGGCUUGCGCGGACACAUCGUUCGUCCAGGUUACGUCGUCGGUGACUCACGUACUGCGGUUACAAACACGGACGAUUUCAUCUGGCGCCUGGUCAAGGGAUGCGUCCAGCUGGGCCUCGUCCCCGACAUCAACAACACGAUCAACAUGGUACCGGUUGACCAUGUCGCCCGCUGCACCGCUCUCGCAGCCAUCUCCCCCCUACCCGACGCCGCCCUAUCCGUCAUGCACCUCACCGCCAACCCCCUCCCAACCUUCAAUGGCAUGCUCUCCUCAUUAUUGCAGUACGGGUUCCCGACAGAGCCGUGCGAGUACCUCAUCUGGCGGCGGAAGCUCGAGCAGCACGUCAUGGAGGUGCAGGAUAACGCUCUCUUCCCACUGUUGCACUUCGUGCUGGACGACCUACCGACAAGCACCAAGGCGCCUGAGCUGGACGACUCGAAUACGCGGGCGGUCCUGCAGCAGGAGGCUGGUGCACUGCUGGCGUCGACGGUGGACGAACCGUUGAUGGGUUUGUACUUGGCUUGGCUGGUCGGCGCGGGCUUCCUGCCGUCGCCUUCAUUGCCUUCUCCGGAAAAGAGUUUGCCUGCUUUGGCUAGUACAGGUGUCAUCAAGGCAGCUGGUCGCACAGGGCUAUAG